ACCUCAUUGCUGGGUGAGAAGACCAGGGGAAAUUAAAGGCUGUAUGCCACUGUUACUUCCCUGAAUUCUUGUACUCUGUUAAAAUCAAAACACAAGGGAUUUACACUGUAAGAAACACUUAAAUGUAAGUUAAGGUAAAGGUCACAGUGCUAAAACCUAAGAGCAGAUAGCCUUGAGCUCCUUUAUAUUCCUACUCCUGCCUCCAGGGUAUCAUCAGAUAUCCCCUAGAUCUUGCAGUGGAAGAGAUGCUGAACCAUCAGCUGUUCCAUAUUCUACACCACGUGUCUUUUUACCAUGCUCCUCUGAGAAGCAUCUCUCCCUUCUCUGUUUCUUUGCAGACAAGAAGGGAGAAAUUUGGAUUGCCUUUGUUCUUUUGCCUGUUCAUAAAAAGGCCGCUUGUGGCUGUGUGCAGUGGCAACUGCAUCACAGAAUCUUAGAGGUGAUUAUUCGCAGGUUAAGGAAAUAAUUCCCUUUUUUGUCACUGCUGCGCUGAAUUUCAUAGGCGUGUGUGUGGCUCGAUGCCUAAGAUAUUUAAAGCAGGUUUUAUUCUUACAGGGGUUUUGCACACUAAAGUGUGCGCCCAGGUUUUGUUUCCAGAAGUGAGGUGUAGCGCUGGGUGUUUCAUUUGGUGUGUUACUUGUUCUGUUGUGUCAAUAACUGCAGUGUCCUCCCUGUGCCUGUGUAUUGCAGGGGCAGUCGAGUGCUGGUUAUAAAGGUGGUGAUAAUUAGGAAUAAGCUGUUUAAGCUUGGAUAAAUGUUUAGAAAUCAUUGCUUUGAUAUUGCUGUGUAAAACACCGCUCGCUCGCGGUGGGAGAAUUCUCCAGGGUCAAGCUGUUCAGAGGCAGGGUUCCUGGACGAGGUGACCCAGGACAGCUUCGUGCUGGGCCCGGGCUACGACCGCCCCUAGCAGCUGGAGCCCGCGGUGAGGGAGCCCAAGAGCAUCCAGCUGUACCAGCACCUCAGCCUCAAGAGCUGCAUCUGGACCUUCGACGCUUAUUACGACAUGACCGAGUUAAUUGAUGUCUGUGGGGGCUCUGUCACCGCUGACUUCCAGGUAAGGGACUCUGCCCAGUCCUUCCUGACAGUCCACGUCCCUCUCUCCGUGUCCUACAUCUGUGUGACGGCACCGAGGGGCUGGGCUUCCCUGGAGCACCGCACCGAGAUGGAGUUCUCCUUCUUCUACGACACCGUUCUCUGGAGGACAGGGAUCCAGACGGACAGCGUGCUCUCGGCCCGCCUGCAGAUAAUCCCCAUCUACAUCCGCGAGGACGGACGGCUGGUCAGCGAGUUCAGGACGCAGGCCAAGUUCAGAGCGCUGUUUGUCAUGGAGCACCACAGCCUGCCAGAGGUCAGGUCCUCUUUGAGAACUCCAGAGCACCUGGGAGGCAUCGAAUUUGACCUGCAGCUGCUGUGGAGUGCUCAGACUUUUGAUUCUCCCUGCCAGCUCUGGAGAGCAACCAGCUCCUACAACAGGAAGGAUUACUCUGGAGAAUACACCAUGUUCCUGAUCCCCUGCACGGUGCAGCCCACGCAGCCGUGGGCAGAGCCUGGAGCCAAGCCCCUGCCCUGCACGGCUCACGCUCCCGAGCGGUUUUUGAUCCUGAUCACCUUCCAGCAGACAAGCCGCCCAGUUCCAGUUGUUUACUCCCAGAACGCAAGAGUUUCAGAUCUGUAACGACGAGAAG